AUGAAGGAAUUGUGGGAUAUAUUUAUCCAAGGAGAAAAGAGAUCAAAGGAGCUGGAAGCGAAGUUGGCAACAUACGUAGAGAAAUUAGAUAAUGAAGAAUAUGUGACUGCCACCAUGACAGUGGAAUCUACCGUUCAGCUUCAGGAAAUAGAAAAUCUAAAAAGGAGGAUUGCAGAAUUGGAAGGCAAGGAAACUCGGAUUGACAUGGAGAAGAUUGCCAAGAAAAAGGAGAUUGAAGAAAAGUACAAGGUAGAAAUUCAAAGCUUGUUGUCAGACCCAACAGUCUUUGAAAUGGAGAUGGAUCUGCCUACAACACAACCAACACAACCAGUUGAAGAGCAAGAAGAAGAAGAAGAAGAGAAAGAAGAAGACAAGAAAGAACAAGAAGAGAAAGAAGAAGAGAAGAAGCAAGACGCUCCAACACCUGAUGUUCCUUCAAGAGUACUAAGGCUGAAGAAUAGAGAAAGAAAGAGGCUUCAAGCAUCUUGCUAUGUGUACGAAAAAAAUAAGAAACCAAAAAUGAAGGCAAAAAAGGAUGAUGAAGAACUACCACAAUUCAAGAUUAUCUCUUCCGAGGAGCAAUCAACACAAGAGGAUCCUCAAAAUCAGAAGGUGUUAACACAAGAGGCAUCUCAGCCCGAUGCCACAAAUCCAAUUCCUGAUCCCCCAAAAGGAACGAGCCUUCAUGAUUCAAUACUUGUAGGACUCGAUAGUGAGAAAGUGACAAACCAUGAUAUCAAAGAUAUUGUAUGGGACCUGGAACUGUCACAAAACGUUAUUGAGGCCUAUAUCCAAAUAGAGGAGGAGAAAAUAGGGCCCAUGCAGACAGAUAGUCCACAGUACAUGUCUACAUGGACUUGGGCUUACAUGCAAACCUUUCUAGAACCAAAUUGGCAUAGGGCCCUGUAUGAACACUUACUUGAAAAACUCGGGAAAUGCAAUGUUCUCUUCUUCCCGAUCAUUUCAAGUUCUGAGUUCCACUUUACACUUCUCACAUUUCACAAAAUUGAACGAAAGUGGAGACACUACAAUCCACUUAGAUCGUUGGGAUCUAGAAAAGAAGAAAAGUGUAUUGACAUUGCUCAAAAUUUUGUUAAUAUUGUGGAAGGGUGGCUAGAAUAUAUCAGACCACAAGCACAAGAGUUCUUAGAAACUAAAAAAAUACCAAAACUUGUGAAGCAAAAAGAAGGGCCCCCUACACCUGCACAGGUUGAUUUGUCCCCAAAUGAAGAACUCACUCUAAAUUGGAUUCUGCAAAAUCCAUAUCAGUUUCCAUUUGAGGAUGACACAGAAUGUGCUCAACAAAAUUCAUCUUCGUUGGAUUGCGGCAUGUUCGUCAUGUUCUACAUGGAUAAAAUAGCACAAGGACAGCCCAUUCCAAAAAGUGUGGACAAGAAAUUCAUGAAUGAAUAUCGAGCACAAUAUGUCACAAAACUCCUACACCACAAACACUGUGUAAUUAAUCGUCUCUAG